GCCCCGCCUGCCCGUCCAGCCGGCCCGGCGCGCCGCGGCCCCGCCGCCGGAAAGAUGCUGCCCCUCUCCAUCAAAGACGAUGAGUACAAGCCGCCCAGGCUCAACCUGCUCAGGAAGGUGUCGGGCUGGUUCAGGUCUAUCCUGGCGGACAAGACUUCCCGCAACCUCUUCUCUUUCCUCUGCCUCAACCUCUCCUUCGCCUUCGUGGAGCUGCUCUACGGCAUCUGGAGUAACAGUUUAGGUCUGAUAUCAGAUUCUUUUCAUAUGUUUUUUGACUGUACUGCUCUCUUGGCUGGAUUAGCAGCUUCAGUUAUUUCAAAAUGGAGGUCAAACGAUGCUUUCUCAUAUGGUUAUGUUCGAGCAGAAGUACUUGCUGGUUUUGUUAAUGGCUUAUUCCUCAUCUUUACAGCAUUCUUCAUUUUUUCUGAAGGUGUUGAGAGAGCCCUUGAGCCUCCCGAUGUGCAUCAUGAGAGACUUCUUCCUGUUUCUAUACUAGGAUUCAUUGUAAAUCUGAUAGGAAUAUUUGUUUUUCAGCAUGGAGGUCAUGGGCAUUCACACAGCUCUGGACAUGAGCACAGCCAUUCUCUGUUUAAUGGUGGUCUCAGCCAUGGGCACAAUCACAGAGAUCAUGGACACAGCCAUGAACAUAAACAUUCCCAUGGACACACUCAUGGUCAUGGCCAUGGACACUCUCAUGGUCAGGAUUAUUGUCAUGAUGACCAUUCCCUUGAAGUAAUGGCUGGAUCCAGCAAACAGAUUUUACAAGGUGUUUUUCUGCACAUUGUGGCAGACACGCUGGGAAGUAUUGGUGUAAUCAUCUCUGCUAUACUGAUGCAGAACUAUGGGCUAAUGAUAGCAGAUCCUAUUUGUUCAAUGCUGAUAGCACUACUUAUAGGUGUAAGUAUUGUUCCACUUUUAAAAGAGUCCAUUGGGAUUUUGAUGCAGCGAACUCCUCCUUCCCUGGAAAAUGCCCUGCCUCAGUGCUACCAGAGGGUGCAGCAGUUGCAAGGAGUCUACAGUUUACAUGAUCCACAUUUCUGGACCCUCUGUACUGAUGUUUACAUAGGGACUUUGAAGUUACUAGUAGCUCCUGAUGCUGAUGGGAGGUGGAUUCUAAGCCAGACUCACAAUAUUUUUACUCAGGCAGGAGUGAGGCAGCUUUACAUACAGAUUGAUGUUGCAGCCAUGUAGUCAGUUUCUGGAAUGGUGCUGUUGGACCAAAGCUUUCCAUACUGUACUGGUGUAGCAACACUUCUUGAGACAGAGCCUGCCUCCACCACGUCUGGAAUUGACUGAAUAGAUUUCUGCCCUUGGGCUACGGAGGAAGUUCACUUCUAAGGAGUAAAUAUUGAAUGAAUGUUAUGGACUUUGGGUCUUGUUUUUUUUGGGGCCCCUAAACUUGUAAGUUUUUGAGGGUUUUUUACUUAAGAUUGUGGUACUGGAAACCCUGUCAUGUCUUCAGUAAAGCUGCUGAAACCACUGCUCAUUCCCAUCAAACCAGUGUUAUCGGCAAUUGGAAACUUGUUUUGUAGACAAUGUCACAAUGGCUGACAUGCUUCAAUAUAAUUGUAUGUUUGUACAAUUGUUUGUACUUUGCAAACUUAAUCAACCAAACCAUAUUGGGUUUUCAAAGUGCCUUUUAUAUCAGGAGAGCUAUUUGCCAGCAUAAAUAUGGAGCAUCAAAGGGUUUUACUACUUUUACAAAUAGUCUUGUAUGCAGUCUGAUUAUUUACUAGUGAUGUAUGCGGGGGGGUUGUGUACUUACAUAACUGUAGAUGUUAGACUUCCAUUAUAUUUGCAUCUUACCAGACAGAAAAAUUCUAAAUGUAAAAGACAAAGCUGUUGUGAAGAGACUUGCUUCUGAACAAGCUGGGUAUUUUGUUGCACGUCUUGUGAAAAUUAUUUUAGGCCAAAUAUUAGAUUUAACUCCAAUUCUUAGUCUCUUCAUACUGUUGAGAGUAAUGAGACAUUACAUGAUGUUGCUCAUGUUCAGUCACUUAAACAAUGGGCAGUUGAAGGAAGAUGCUGGUGAUGGAAGCAAUGCUUGAAGUUUUUUAUUUUCCAAAUAAUGUGGUGGAAAAAAUCUAAAUCCUGAAAUUGUGGAAGCUUAAGUCUCCUUGAUUUUGAUAGGUUGUUAUAAUUUUAUUAAAGUGAUGAAGUUCAAAUUUUGCCUUUCCAAAUAUUGAAAAUAGUUGUUUCUGGCAGUUAUACCCGAAAUGGAAAUAAGGACCACUUUUCAUGCUGUUUUAGCUUAUGCUUUUCCCAUGCUGACACAUCUUACAUCUUUGACUAUUUUACUGCAGCCUUGUAUGUUUUCAUAGGGGAGAAAAUUCUCAGUGCAGUAAGGGUUAUUAGAUUGGGUUUUUCUUUCCAAGAUUGGGUUUUUCUUUCUUCUUCUGUCAUAUAUUUUCUAGCAUUUGAAUCAUUUUACUCGGAUAUGAGUGUCACUUCCAAAAGCAAUCUGCUAUGUUUGGUAUUACAGAUGAUAGUUCCACUGUGCUGUAGUAGUUCACUUAGUAAUGGAAGACUUUUUAAGAGGACAUUUUACACACAGAACAUGGUGAAGUAAAAAGCAAUACAGGCAUUUUUCUGAGAAAUCAUAGCUGCCACUGAUUGGUAUGGAUUUAUGUUUAUUUCGGUACCUGACAGAGGUAAUACUAAAAUCAAGGCCCUGAGAAGUUUGCAAUGUCUGUGUACUAAGUGCUAGGCACUAUGAAAUUACUAAAGAUUGAUUUGCAGAAAUGGUUUGUUUGCCAGUGAUCCUGUUGAAUCCAUCACAGAUAUGAAGAGUUGCUUGCAUUCAUUCUGUUGUUCCUAUAUAGCACCUGAUUUCUUUUGAUGUGAAAACACGCUUGCCAAAUUUGAUGGUGGUUCCUGAAUUGUCCAGUUGAGAUAUGGAAACAUGAAUGUUGAUUUUGUCCAGAUCUUGGGGCUGUACUCUUGUGCUUAGAACUGGAAACUGGGUGUAAAAAAAUGGCAGUACAAAGCCACCUAUAAUACUGGUUUUAAUCUUUGCUGUCUCUUUCAGUCUUCAGAUCCCUCCAUUGCCAUUUCUGAUCCUGUUUGCUCUCCCUGGGGACACAGGCACAGAGUGCCCUCCCAGCAGGCUGCACAUUCCACAGCUCUUCCCUGGCCUCCUGCCUGGCACUCUCUGUCAGGCUCUCUCCCUGUCCCACCUGGCAGUGCCAGGCCCAGAGUUCCUGAGUGGAAGAUGGAAGUUACACAGCACAGGGUAGGGUGCAGGAAUCUGUUGAGCAGAUUGGAGCACUGCAGUUUAAGAUCCUCUGUGCACGUAUGUUCACAGAGAAGGUGAUGAAAAUCCAGCUGUGAUUAUAGGGUGGAAGUACUGUUUUGUAGUGGGGUGCAUACAGACUGCUGCUUGCUGGCUGCCAGCAGGACUUGCUCAUUUUUUAAAGAGUUACUAUUACUGCUAUUUGAGGCUAGAGAAGAUCAACUGAUAUCACUUUAAGGGCAAGUACCAGACAGAUUCAUUGCAACUGUGUCAUGAUCCCAGAGCAGGCUUUGCUUUAAGUCACCUUUGCACCAGCAUGUUUCAGGACUGACUGUUCCUGGACUUGUUGAAAUGCUGCAGUGCUGCCCAAGUUGCUGAGCUUGGCCACCAUCUUAGCUUCUUAAUGAAAAGACAACUGCUACUAUUUGUUUCCACGUGAGAACCUGGCAGAGUGGCUGUUUGUUUGAUGGUGGUGAUGGUGUUCUCUUAAAUGUACAUCUACCAAAUUUUUAAUAUGGAAAAUGGAGUGAAAAAGCCUAUGAGCCUGUUACAAUUGCACAACAAUUUUAAUAACUUUUGAUAACUGUUUCUGCUUAUUAUGAUUUAGCUGAUUGUUGGAAGCAUAUGUUCAAGUCUAUGAGUUUUCUAGCCAAGCAAGAUAGCACUUCAUUAUGUUUAAACGUUUAUAGUAAGAAAUAUAUCAUUUGUUUGUCAAAUGUAAUUGGGGAUAGUGUAGGGAGGUCAGAUUCAAAACAAACUUUAGCCGUUUUAGGGUUUCUGAAAAAGGAUAAGCAUCACAAAAUUCUACAAACACAAUGUAUGACAUAUUCAGUCAGUAACUGCAGUCACAUGUAGUAUGUCAUUAAACAAGGGACAUCAGAUAUUUUUUCCACCUAAGGGGAUACUUGCUCAGGUUUUAGAAGAGUACAAACCAUGCCGUUAAAAGCAAAAGUGCAGCUUUCCUUACCCUGAGAGCCAAAGCACCAUUAUUUGUGUUUUGCUAAUUACUUAACACUGGUUGCUUAUGUAACACUUUGCUAUUGACACUUUAUUGGAGAGGCAAGGCAGGAUUUAAACAAAGACUUGUGUGAAUGACUGAUAUCCAGAGAUGGGUGAAUGGCUGCAGAUUAUAUGCUAAAACUCAGCUUCCUGGUAUCCACUUCCUAAUCAAGUUUUCAAAAUGUGGUUUUCUCAUGUUUUCAUGCAGCUGAUAUUUACUGUGUUGUUACUGGUCUGUCUUUGUUGGGUUAUUUUUUUUCUGUGACUGAAACCAGUAACUUAAAACCUUAUUGUUCCAAAGACCAAGCCUCCAAACUGCAUGAUUUUUACCACAUCUACAGCAAAAUAAGAAGAUAAAACGAAUGUUGCAGAGUGUCUGUAUUAAAAUGCCUCAAUGUUUUUUGGACUAAGUAACAGUGAAAGAAAACUCCUCAUAUUGAAUAUGCACAGUAAGGACUGGUCCUUUACAGGCUAAUCUAGUAAGUAUACAGCUCUGGAUAGAUUGGCUCCUUUCAUCAGGAGGGCUCCUACAGAGAGCUGAGUUACUUGUGUGAUUUGCUAAGCUAGGAUGGAAAGCAAAUAAACGACUUUGCUUUUUGUGUAAUAAUUCCUACUACAGCAAAAAUUCAGUUGCAUCAUUAGUAAAAACUGCUGACACUAUUUUUACACAAAAAUUGAAGCUGCUACUACAAAUAAAAUGGACCUUAGUGACUUACCAUUCUUAUUUUACUUUUUUAUAAAGAUGUAAAGGCGGGUUUAAAGGUGAAGGAAAAUUAAUGGUUUCUCUUUUUAACUGUUGUAAGUGAACCUGUUCUGGGAAUGUAAACGAGAUACAAGAGGAGAGAAUCUGCUGCUGAAUUGCCGUUUUCCAUCUUUCCAUCUUUUGCAUGUAGUGUGCGUAAAGUCCAUGGCUUUUCUUUCACAGUGCACUAGCACAGUGCAGAUUUUUAGUUUCAUUAUUUUAUAAAAUGCAAACUUUUAUCUUUUUUCAUGAUACAAAGUCUUUAAAUACCAAUUCAGAGCAAGAAUUUUAGUUAAUAAUUAAACCCUAUCCUGUUUUCUCCAGCAGCCAUUAGAUUGCUAUCAUUCUUGAUUAUCCCACUCCUUUAAGCAGGAUUUUUUUUUUUUAAUAAUCUCUCUGAUCCUCAAUACUGACUCAGUAGCUAAUUCCUCCUUUACACUUCUGUGAAAAUUCUUAUCUGCUGGUUGCUGAGGCUCCCUUUUGGAUUUGUCCCCCAUUCAGGCUUUGUUCAAUGCCCAUCCCUGUGGGCACUUCCUUGGCCAGACACUGCUAUAAUGUGAAGCGAUGCCAGCCGUGCUGGGCCUGGCAUGCAAAGACUGAGUCUUGCUGUGUGCAAAUACUGCUCAACCUACUUGUCUGUUUCAGUGAGCCACAAAAGGUUCCUGCCUGUGUGGUAAUUUGGCUGAAAUGAUGUGUAAAAAGAGCUGGGUAUUUCACUUCCCAUGUGCAUUGGAGCCUCUCACAUGUAUGCUGGGAUCUUGUACAAGAGUUAAGUGAAUCACUACAGUAUCUUGGCUGAAGUGUGAAAUAAUGUGAAUGAAGCAAUUGCCAAAAUCAUUCCUGGUAGCAUACAGCAUAGUGCUUGCCUUUACCUUUAAAUUACAGGAAUUACUCUUAGCUUAGUGAGCAGUUCAAUAGCAAAGUGUGUCAAAGUACCUGUGAAGAAAUCUGGCAGGUAACACAAGGCAGCUCACUAAAAUUCUGAAGACAAUGUCUGAUUUUGUUCUGGAAUGCUAAUGUUAGUAGCUUAGCCACGGCUUGUCCCAAGUGCAAUAUUAAGAAAUUUUUAAUGUAAUCUUUUCUACUUGAAUACAGUCUAUAUAAAAUGUUAAAUAUCCUAUAUUGCUGAAAAGAUAUGGGAUCAAAUUUCUUUCCAAUAAAUCUUCAGUUUAAAAAAAGUA